AGCAGCGCGCCUGUCGUCCCCGCCCCGCCAACUAUCCGACAGUGCCGACCCACCCCGUCCCCCCCUCCAGCAGACACACAACCCACCACGAAAGCCAAACGGCGACCGACGACGUUCUUAUUAGAUUUUAUAGCGGCUGCCUGCUGCUGGCUCCGACUGCGACUUAGAACGGGGCAGAGAGCAAAGAGCGGGAGAGCGACACUCUCGGCCGCGCCUUUAGCCGUCUCGUUUCGUUUUCGUUCGUUCGUUUGUUGUUUUCGUUGUUCUCGCGCGCGGCGUUAGAACAGCGCUGUCGCAGCCGCUGUCUCGGUCGCAGCUGGCGCCGCUGCCACCGACUGACUUAUUGGCUUUAAGCGAAUUCGAACGUUGCUCGAACUUUUAUUUCAACGUCAGGUUUCGUCGGGAAAGCAACUCUGAAACUGCCGCCCGAAAAGCGCUGCCCGAAAGCAGAUUCCAAAACUUGAAAAAGAGCGAGAGAGUGGCAACUCCUCCUCCCCAAAAGACGCCGUGGCAACCCUCUCCCGCGCGCGUUACCCCCCAACCCCUUCAUACAACAACAACAACAACAAAAAAAAACAAAAAACUGAAGAUCAAGAUCGGGAAUACACCUUACCAAAAAAGAAAAUAUAUAUUUACACACACACACACACAACAGAUGAUCGAUCGUACAAUUAUUUUUUUAAAGUGUUGAAUCCACAAAGUGUUACAACAACAACAAAUAACAACAACUACCACAAAAUGCCUUACAAAAGCGUCACGCUUUAGUGUCAUAAGAGUAGCAGUGCCACAAGUGAGAAUCAAACCCCUACUUCCCUAUCUGUCCCCCCACACCCACGCCCCCUGUCAAAAAGUGACCCCAUAACAGCGUGCCGCGUGCCCCAAAAGAGAACCGACCGCAAACAGGUGUUUUCCCCGCAUACGCUGGAGUAUACACAGUGUUGGUAAACGGCCAGCAGUGUUGGCAUUAGCAGCAUCAACGGGGCAGCAGCAGCAGCCGUCAUCAUUCAUCAACACUAUCCAGGGAAUCCUGCAGAACAGCUCUGAAGCUCAGACAUUUGAUGCUCGACGAUUUGUGCAUUUAAUGAUUCGCUGUGAAACCGCCGGCUGUUCGACAUUCAACGCAUUCGUACGGUCCCCACGCUCUGAGCAACAACGCGACAGAAGAGUCAGAGCCAGAGCCUCCCCCCCAGAGAUCGGAUGGCAGCCCAGGAACCACAAAUCCAGCAAUGAUGAUGAUGAUGUUGAUGAUGGAACCACAGAUCUCCGCUAGAGACAGAGCCAGGAAAAAUCCUAACUACAAGUGAAACCCAAGAACCUCUCCCACCCAACCCCAACCCCAAAAAUAUUAAAUAAUUUCCCACAAACAAUACAAAACGAUAAAAAAAAGGGAACCCCACAGAAAAGAGUAUAGAGAGUGGGCUGGAGACAGUGGACACCCGCGAGUGUCGGACCAAAAUACCAUAUAUACGAUAUACGAUUUGAUAUAUGAAUAUUCUACAAACAAAAAAACAAAAACAAAAAACAAAUAAUAAACAUAAACAUAAAGAGAAUUUUUUAAACAAAUGCAACGCGUAGGCCUUCAACUGUGAUUUAAGCAUACAACAACAAAAAACAAAUAAGAAAAAAAAAGGAGAGCACAUAAAUAAUUAGCUAUAACGAUAUUUACCGAUAAAUACUUCAAACAUAUAUCGAUACACAGCAAACAAAAAUCGAUAAAGCGAUAAAUCGAAAAAGUGUUUGUGUUUUUGUUUUUAAUUUUUGUGCAAUUUUUAAGUUUUUAAUUUUUGUUUUCGCUUCAAUCGAUAAACGUUCAACGAUAACCGAUAACCGAUAACCCAUAUAUAUAUAUAUAAUUGAUAAUCCAAAACACACAACUCAAAAAAUUCAAAACUGAUCGAUAGACCAACAUAAAUACCUAUAAUCGAUAAUUGGAAUCGAUUAAAUCAUGUUCAACUCAAACAUACCCGCCGCCUCGCUGCUCGGCAUCGAGAACAGCGCAAUCAAUCUGGGCGCCCACACACCCAAAACGCCCGAGAUCCUCAACUCGCUGAUCGCCAUGACCAAUCCAUUGGAUAACUAUAGCUUUGCCGCUGCGGCAGCUGUCUCUGCGGCCGUCUCAGCAUCCUCGGCCGCCUCCACGCCCGUCGUCAGUGUCCGGAAUUUCAAUGGUCAUCCAACCAAUGGACAGUUGCAUUCGCAGGACAGCAGUCAUUCCAGUUGCUCGGCCUCGCCGCUUGAUUCGCCAGCGGGUGGCACUGCCACCAUGCCCAGCGUGCAACAGACAAAAUCGCAGCUGAUCAAAACCGGCCUGAAGCUGGCCAUCCAGAGCAAGCGCAAGCUCUCGACCUGCGACUCCAGCAGCGGCUCGGAGCAGCCCCAAUCGAAAUGCUCUCGCAGGAGCAGCAGCAUGACCAACAACAACAACAACAACAACAGCAGCAACAUCAACAACAACUGCAACAAUACGAGCUACAGCUUCAGCCUGAACGACGACGAUUGCGAGGAGUCCAGCGAGGAUGAGGACAGCGAGACCAAGUCGACGCCCAAGGGCCUCACGCCCGAGGACGAGGAUCGGCGGCGGAGGCGCCGGGAGCGCAACAAGAUUGCGGCCACCAAGUGCCGCAUGAAGAAGCGCGAGCGCACACAGAACCUCAUCAAGGAGUCGGAGGUGCUGGACACCCAGAAUGUGGAGCUGAAGCAGCAGGUGCGUAGCCUCGAAACGGAGCGACGCAAGCUGCUGGAUAUGCUCCAGAAUCAUGCGAAUGCCAUGUCCCCGGGCUGCCUCAGAACCGGCGGGUGUCAGCUGCCUGCCGUUCUGCUGCAGUCGCCUGCCCAGAAAUAUCUCUCGGAAUUGGAGCUGGAGGGCCAAUCGUCAUCGGAGGUCAACCUUUCGGGCUCCAUCUCGGGCUCAGGCUCGGGCUCGGGCUCCAUCUCUGGCUCUGGUUCAGUGUCGAGCAGCAGCUCUUCGUCGCAAAGGAUGAGCAUACCAUCGAUGGCCACCUUUAAGUUUGGCUCCAAGACAGCGGCCAUGGCAGCACAGCAGCUUCCCAAUGGAUACUGCAAGCCAUCGCCCAGUCCCCAGGAGUUUGAGCAUGCAGGAUACCUGAGUUCUCCCAACCAGCAGCAACAGCAGCAGCAACAGCAACAGCAGCAUCAACAUCAGCAAUCCAUGAAUCCCGCCAGCAGCAGCAGCAACAACAGCAACGAACAGCAGCAGCAGCAGAGCAAUAAUGGUAGCAGCCUCGUUGUGAGCAAUCAGCAGGUCUCCGAUUAUGUCCCAAAUUGCGAUGGCCUUAGCCUUGCAUUGGGUCUGGCAUCGCUGCCAUUGCCACUGCCACUGCCACUCCUGCCUGCCAGCACACCCACCAGCAGCAGCUCCUCGAGCAGCAACAGCGGCAGCAGCAAUCAGACCGCCUCGGCCGCCUCCACGCCCACCAGCAGCGCCAGUGAGUUCGUAAAGAACGAACUGGUGGAUGCCCAGAGCCCCUAUACGACCGCCCUCAGUGCGGAGCGUUUUCUGUUCGAGCCAAGCGAUGGUUUUCCGGACAUCAAGCAUGCCGUGAGUGUCCUGCCCACCAGUGGCAUCAAUAGCCUCAAUAUGGUUAGUGUUGUCCAUGCAAACAGUGGCGGCGGUGGGGCGACAGGACACCAUCACAACCACCAGCACCACCACAGCCACAACCACAACCAUCAUAGCAACAACAACAACAACAAUAAUAACCACCUGAUGGACUUCCAUCAUGGCCUACAAAGCAAUGGCCUUGGCGUGGGCGUGGGCGUGGGCGUGGGUGUGGGUGUGGGUGUCGGAGUGGGCGUUGGGGUGAUGACACCCUCUUGCUAUGAUGACGAACAGCUGCUGCUGAUGAAGAACGGCUGCUUUGCCAACGAUCUGCUGUCCCAACUGACGGACGAUGGCACCGACUAUGUGGAUCUGGAUACCGGUGCCGCUGCCUUUAUGACCAAUGGUGGCUGCCUGGCGUGAGGGCGGGCCCAGCGGGCAUCGGCACCGGAAAACGCACACGAACGUGAUCGGGAUCGUGAUCGUGAUCGCGAUCGCGAUCGCGAUCUGCUGCUGCUGGCCUUCGAUCAAGAUGGUGGCCAGGAGGAGGAGCAGCAGCAGCAGUCGUUGUCGUUGUCGUUGUCGUCAUCGCACAGGCCGAGCAGCAGUCCGCAGCAGCAGCAGCAGCAGGAUGUAGAGAUGGAGCUGGAGAUGGAGCUGGAACUGGAGGAGGAGGAGGAUCCAGCCUGGACACAUGUGGAUUAUUGGUGUUAGGUUGGGUGUUGCUGGAUCCUUGCACCUUGAUGUAUAUUUUGUAGAUGCUACUCAUCGACUAAGCAGAAGAACAGAUUGAAAAAGCAGAAAGCAGAAGC